UGUAACGGGCUAAACGCCCUUUGCCUCUCGUCCUCGUCUACAGUCUUAUCUUCUGUCUGUCCUGCCUGCUCUGCCCGAUAUAAUGAGAGCGAAGGGUGUGUACAUGUUCUUAAUGCCGAGGUCUGCUGCAACGUGCUUGUCAAUGAUCUCCUACCUCUCUUUCUUAUCCUUUGUUUUUUGACCAUUCUUGAAUGCUUUGAAGAGCUCAGAGCCCUAGCGUCCAAUCACGAUAAAGUUUCUCUUUACAGGGCUUCCUUAUGUAUACUAGAUUCGUGUGGCAGUUAG